CCCGGGGUUAACGGUCUAGUAUGCAGAGAAUCUCAGCACACACACACACACACACGGCUAAUUUAAAGGAUGUCCUCAGGUGCACUCUUUCCCAGUCUGGUUUCGGGCUCACGUAGCUCGUCCAGCAAAUACCUGGUAGAGUUCCGAGCGGGUAAAAUGACCCUGAAGGGCAGCACAGUGACUCCAGACAAGCGCAAAGGCACUGUCUACAUCCAGCAGACAGACGACUCACUUAUCCAUUUCUGCUGGAAGGACAGAACCACUGGAAAUGUGGAUGAUGAUUUAAUCAUCUUCCCCGAUGACUGUGAGUUUAAGAGGGUGAGCCAGUGCACCACUGGACGAGUGUAUGUUCUUAAGUUUAAGGCUGGAUCCAAAAGGCUGUUCUUCUGGAUGCAGGAGCCGAAAACGGACAAAGACGACGAGUACUGUCGUAAAGUAAACGAGUAUCUGAACAACCCUCCGAUGCCAGGUUCUAUGGGCAGUGGUGGGAGCAGUGGUCACGAGCUGUCUGCCCUAGGAGGAGAAGGUGGCCUGCAAAACCUCCUGGGCAACAUGAGCCAUAAUCAACUUAUGCAGCUGAUUGGACCAACAGGUCUUGGUGGGCUUGGUGCUCUUGCAGGUCCUGGUUUGGCCAGUCUGUUGGGGAGUGGUGGUCCAGCCAGUAGCAGUUCAACUUCCAGCUCCCGCAGUCAGUCCGCAGCUGCCACACCCUCCUCUGGAUCUGCCGCUCGUUUGAGCUCUACUCCGGCUCCCACCACCCCUCUGACCCCUGCUGCGACCACUACAGACUCUCCAACCUUGACCCCUACGACCCCUGCCUCCCAAACUUCUUCCAUGGCUGCAGGAGUAGGGAGUCCAACACAGCCCAUCCAGCUGAGCGACCUGCAGAGCAUCUUAGCCACAAUGAACGUGCCUGCCAUGAGUGCAGAGGGACAGGGAGUGGACUUGGCGAGUGUGUUGACCCCUGAUAUUAUGGCUCCUAUUUUGGUGAAUCCUGAUGUACAGCAGAGGCUCCUGCCAUACCUGCCUUCGGGAGAGUCACUACCACAGAGUGCUGAGGAAAUCCAAAACACUCUCACCUCUCCACAGUUUCAGCAGGCGAUGAGCAUGUUUAGCAGCGCACUAGCAUCCGGACAGCUCGGUCCUCUCAUGAACCAGUUUGGACUGCCCUCAGAAGCAGUGGAUGCAGCUAACAAAGGGGAUGUUGAGGCAUUUGCCAAGGCCAUGGAGAACAGCAGUGGGAAGAUGGAUGAGUCCAGUGACACCAAAGAUAAAAAGGAUGAUGAUGAGGACAUGAGUCUGGACUAGUAAAACUAGAUAAAGUCAGUUUAUCAAUCCUGUUAGUGUUGUUAAUGAAUUGUCCAGAUAUAAGAAGUACGCCUGUAUGUUUCACAAGACUGAUCUUGCACAAUUAAACUGUUGAGUCUGA